GUUUGUGUCUGGCACACCUGCCUUGUGCCAGAAUUCGGGACACGGGCUCAAUUUAAAUCCAACCGAAGACAGCCAAAAAUCAGCCGUAAUAAGGAGCCUCAGGGGAGAUCGCGACUUGGCUGGAAGGGCUUGGCUGUGCUGCGGGCCUUUUGAGUUGUAAACAAGUCUCCACGUAAUAGUCAGAGGUGAAGGUUUACGGCUUUAGCUUCUCUCAGUAAUGGCCACCUACACUUGCAUCACUUGCCGUGUGGCUUUCAAGGAUGGUGACAUUCAGCGUGCCCAUUACAAAACCGACUGGCACAGGUACAACCUGAAGCGUAAAGUUGCUGACAUGCCUCCUGUUACUGCUGAGAAUUUCCAAGAGAGAGUCCUGGCACAGAGAGCAGUAGCAGAGGAGCAGAACAAAAUCACUGCCACGUACUGCACAGUGUGCAGCAAGAGGUUCUCCACCUUCAAUGCUUAUGAGAAUCACCUGAAGUCCAAGAAGCACCUGGAGCUGGAGAAGAAAGCUGUCCAAGCUGUCAGCAAGAAGGUGAAAAUAUUAAAUGAGAAGAAUCUGGAAAAGGGGCUGGCCCCAGAGAGUCUAAAUAAAGAUGAAAUGAACACAGCUAUUCAGCAAGCCAUCAGAGCCCAGCCAUCUUCGUCUCCAAAGAAGACACCUCUACCUCCUAGUAAUGAGAGUAGCUCUCCAGUUUCCAGGGAAAGCACCAGCUUGUCCCAGAGCAGAGAACGACCAGAAAUACCUCCACGGCUGCAGUGGUUUGAACAGCAAGCAAGGAAGCUGGCCAAGCAACAAGCAGAGGAAGAAGAGGGUAAUGAGGAAGACUGGGAAGAUAUGGAUUCUGAUGAAGACAUUGGCUCUGAUGAAGAGAUGGAAAGUGUGGAAGAAGAAGAAGAGGAACAGCAGGCAGAGGCUGAAAGCAUUCCUGCUGUUGGGGCCAUACCAGUCACAGACUGCUUGUUCUGUCCCCAUCACUCAAGAUCUCUCACAAAAAAUGUGGCGCAUAUGACAAAAAUCCACAGCUUCUUUAUUCCAGACAUAGAGUACCUUGUGGAUCUCAGAGGACUAAUCAAGUAUCUUGGAGAGAAAGUCGGCGUUGGGAAAAUCUGCAUCUGGUGCAAUGAAAAGGGGAAAUCCUUCUACUCUACGGAAGCAGUCCAGGCUCAUAUGAAUGAUAAAAGCCACUGCAAACUCUUCACAGAUGGAGAUGCUGCCCUGGAAUUUGCAGAUUUCUAUGAUUUUAGGAGCAGUUAUCCUGAUCAUGAGGAUGGGAAAGAUAUGGAGGGUCUUGGAAAGCACUCUGCAGAGAAAGAGUUGGAUUAUGAUGAUGACACCAUGGAGCUGAUCCUUCCAUCAGGUGCCAGAGUGGGUCACCGUUCCUUGAUGAGGUACUACAAGCAGCGUUUUGGUGUGACAAGAGACGUGGCUGUUGUGAAGAACAAGAAAGCCGUGGGUCGGGUGCUGCAGCAGUACCGAGCCUUGGGCUGGACAGGGCAGGCAGGGGCCAUCUCUGCUCAGCAGUGUGACAUGCAGUACCUGCAGAGGAUGAAGUCAAAAUGGAUGCUCAAGACAGGAAUGAGUAACAAUGCUACAAAGCAGAUGCAUUUCCGGAUGCAAGUCAGAUUCUGAGUUCCAAAGAGAACUGCCUACAACUGGUUAUGGGAAGGGGGAUUUAAUGGUUUCUGGGUUGUGGAUUCUCUUAUUAAAAUGGACUUGGUACCUAUGAAAUGCUGAUCGAGUUUGCUGGUGUGUCUUCCUCUGUAAAAAGAAGAAUGACAGGGAACUUGUCUUUUCUGAACUAAUGGUGGGCCUAACUUAAAAAUAAAGUAUCUUCAGUGGAACGUGUCAGAGUAGUGAUGGCUAUGACUGAAGGUACAUGCAUAGUCUUGUUGCCCAUCUUUGUGCAGCCCAUUUCUGGGGGGCAGUUGACAUUGUCAUUUGUCUGAAUAUCUUCAGUUUCCAAUUCUACUAACUGGUUGAAGCCAAGAGGAGAUCCUAGAUCUAAAUUCUUAAGAUGGAGUGUAUUGAAUGUUUUCAGUUGUGGUGCCAGACAUAUUAGCUGGUUGUUUUGGAGUUCUAGCUGGCACUAUUGAGGUGAAAAUUUAAGAGCAAAGUUUCAUGGAAGGUUAAGUAAUAAUUGUUUGAAUAAAUGCACUGAUGGAAAACACAACUCCAGGAUUAAUACUGUGCUCAGAAGCUGACUGUACCUGCCUAAUGCUCCAGCUCAGGGCUGGAUUAAUAAUCUGCAGCGUAGUUGUUUUACAUUUAAUGUAAUAAAUUUUCAUUUCCUGAAAACUGCUCAAAAUUAUCCUAACAUUUAGAUGAAUGUCAAUCAAAAUUUUGCAUUUCCUGCUUAAAACUCUGAAGAUACUGUGGAUGACAAUGUUUGUUGUUCCCACUCAGUACUGGUGUUCGGUUAUCAUCAUGCAGUGACCCAAGACAUGCAUUGGAUGGAACAGGUAGGCUGUCCCACUUAAGCAGGUGAACUGUUGCAGGCUGGUGCAGAGAAAACCUGUGUGUUAGAGCUGAGGCAGCAGCACUGUAUUGGUCCUGCUGGUGGAGAUGUUAAAUGUUUCCAUGACUUUACCUGUUCUGACCUUCCUUUUAGGAGGUGGACAGCUUCAGAGUCAUGGGCUGCCUCCUGAUGCCCUGAGUUGUGUGCUGGACACUGAGCAUAUGCCACAGGAACAUAGCUGUUUCCUUGCCAGUCAGUUCUUUGGGACAGCAGCUGGCUACAGCCAGGUUUCACUUCUGCAUUUAGGAUUGCUCUGGAUUCCCAAGAAGUGGCUUUCACUGUGUGGUUUUGAUAAAAGUUUUCUUUCUUUCUUAUGAGUGGUAUGUGCAUGAUAUCACUGAGAAUAGUAGAGAGCGAUUUGUCUGUUAAUGCUGUAUUUUGAUUUAAAGUAGUUUUCUAGUCUCCCUAAGAGGUAAGUUCAGAAGUAGCGGCACCAUUGACAUGUCAGCACUUCUGAGAGAGCAGUGGAUUUAUGCGACUCUCAGGAAAGUGAUAAUUUCAUUGUGGAGGUGCAUGCUGUGUGGGAGUUUUGAUUUAGUGGAUUUGUCUGUGGUGUCUUGCUCAUUAGUGCAAGUGCUCAUUUUCUGGUUCUUCAGUGAAAGUUCUGCUGCCUUGGAAAUUUUUUUGCUGUUCCUGUAUUUACUGAGAGGAAAGAGCUUGAGCAGUAAUGGAGGCUACAAGUUUGGCACAACAUUUAGUAAGUAAACUGGCUAAUACAUUUAGAAAAGGUGUAGAUUAGAGUGAAGGGAAAACUGAAGCAGAGAGAAUUUUCAAGAAAGGCUAGGUUCAUAUCCAAAAC